GGAAGAGACGAGCUUUUCCGUUCAGGGAGCUUUUCCAAAAUAUAAAUGGAAAAGGCUCUAGUUUUUAAACACUUUCAUUGUAGCAUGUUUUUGUGUUUUGUGUUUAUUAUUUUAUUGUUUCACUAUUUUCUUGGCGAUGCGCUGCAAGAGAAACAUCACCUGCACUUCAAGUUCACAGCCCUUUCUAAAGCAAACACACUCCCAGAGUUCAGUGCUGAGGCUGUUGCUGACAGCAGACGGAUCUUUCACUACAAUAAUAAAGAGAAAUCCUGGGUAAGAGAGAGUCUGACUGAAGAUGACUCUGAAGCUCCUGUAAAACCACCUGAGUCUAGAGACUGGUUCAUGCAUCAGUUAAAGACUCUAUCAAACUGUGCAGACUCAGAGUGUUCUGAGCUCCAUGUUCUUCAGAGAAUAACUGGCUGUGAACUGGAGAAACUUCCUGAUGGACCAGUGAAUCUGACAGUAUUUGACGAAUAUGGAUUGGAUGGAGAGGAUUUUAUUGCCUUUAAUUCUGAUGCUCUGCAGUGGAUUGAUAAAAACCCCAAAGCUAAAGAAACCAAAAUGAAAUGGGACCGUCAAACAGAACGCAACCAACUCCUGCAGCAUUACCUCCAGACCUGCAUGAACUGGAUCUCCACAUUUAACAACAACAGAAAGACUCCACCGGAUGUUCGUGUCUUUGCAGUGAAAGCUCCUGGUGAUCAACACAAGCUGCUUCUGAGCUGUCUGGCCACUGGUUUCUACCCCAGAGAUAUUGAGAUGUACAUUAGAUUGUACAGAAUUAAAAUUAAGGACCAAACAUUAUCUGGAAUCAGACCAAAUGCUGAUGGAUCCUUUCAGCUCAGAUCCAGUGUGGAGAUCGACAGAAACCACAAGGAGUUUUAUGACUGUUUUGUCAUUCACAGCAGCCUGACAGAACCAGCUUCAGUAGAAUGGGCUGGAAAUGGUGCUGACUGUGAAACAGAAUCUCAGUGGGCUUUAAAAGCAGUAUUAAUAACAGUUUCAAUUCUAGUUCUCGUUGUGAUCUGUUACUGCAUCUACCAAAGGAAACGGUUAAAUGGUCAGUCGAGAGGUUAUGGUGAUCAAACUGGAAGAGAGAUGAGAACCGAGCGUUGUCCUUCACACAAAGGUCAAAUGAGCAGUUAUGAUGAUGAAAAUGGAGGGCAGAUGAGACUUCACUCUGAUAGAGGAGAGAUGUCCAGUCCUGAAAGUAAAAGAAGAGAAUGCUAUAAUAAGAACGGAUCAUCUCCACGCGCAGAUAUCUCCAUAUCUCCGAGAUGCGAACAGCUUGUGUUUUGUAGGUCCUGAUUAGAAAUUA